UCUCCGCGGGCCGGGUCUCGGGGUGAGUGGCCCUGCCGCUGCCUCAGCCCUGGCCUCUGUGGCUUCCCUUCUGUCCCACUUUCUCUCUGCCUUUGCCAAGCCCUCGCCAGCCCCAGAAUGUUCCUCCUGCUGGCAGCCCUCCGGGUCCUGGCUGUAGCCAUGGCCCAGAGCCCAGAGGACGAUAACAAGAUAAUUGGUGGCUAUACCUGCGUCCAGAACUCCCAGCCGUGGCAGGUGGCUCUUCUGUCGGGGCCUGGGCGUCGGUUCUUGUGUGGAGGGGUCCUGUUGUCAGACCAGUGGGUCAUCACUGCUGCUCACUGCGCCCGCCCGAUCCUUCACGUUGCCCUGGGUAAGAGCAACCUGAGGAGGUGGGAGGCCACCCAGCAGGUGCUGCGUGUGGAGCGCCAGGUGCCGCACCCCCGCUACAACGCCCGGACGCACGACAGUGACCUGAUGCUGCUGUGGCUGAGCCGGCGAGCGCGGAUUGGGAGAGCGGUGAGACCCAUCGGCCUGGCCGGGUCCUGCGCCAGCCCUGGGACGUCCUGCCAUGUGUCCGGCUGGGGCACUACGUCCAGCCCUAUCGCCAGGUACCCCAAUGCUCUGCAAUGCGUGAAUAUCAACAUCGUCUCGGACGGCGAGUGCCAGCGGGCCUAUCCUAGCACCAUCACUGCCGGCAUGGUCUGCGCUGGGGUCCCCCAGGGCGGCAAGGACUCUUGUCAGGGUGACUCUGGCGGACCCCUUGUGUGUGGAGGACAGCUCCAGGGCCUCGUGUCCUGGGGCAUGGAGCGCUGCGCCAUGGCUGGCUACCCAGGGGUCUACACCAACCUGUGCAAGUACCGCAGCUGGGUCCAGAGAACAGUGCAGGGCCCUACAUCCUGACCCUCUUUCCCGGAGCAGUUGGUCAGGUUUUCUCCCCCCACCCCCACAAGGUCACCAUCACUCAGGACCCGUUGGGCACAGACGGGACCGUGCGUGCUGGCACUGUCCCUAAGAAGACAAUCCUCAAAACUCUUACUGUCUAAAAUCCCAACAAACAUCAAUAAAAACCGUAC